CAAGGAUAAAUAUCUCUCUCUUCCAUCCCUUUCUGACUUCGAAUCGUCUUACUCAACCAGUCACUCACUCACUCCUUGUGUGUUCCUAGUCAUUCUUUACUUUUAUUUGUUGCAACAUGAUUCGACCACUCUUCUUUGCUUGCAUCUUUGCUGCUGGCGUUUUCGCACAAUCAACUGCUGAUCCUGCUUUGACGAAAGACGGGGCGUUCCAACAUCUUGGAUGCGUUGCUAUUAGGCCCGGCACCUUUCCUCGUCAGUUCGAUCUGGGUCAAGCUGGGUGUACUUCAUCAUGUUCAUCAAACGGCAACAUUAUCGGCUUCCGUGGAAACAGCUGUGUCUGCGACCGCCUUGACCUCUCGCCAGGGCCCAUCUCCUACCGCGUUGUAAAGAUUGAUAACGCCCUCUGCAAUCAAUGGUGUGACCCAGUCGACAGGUCCAAGGGAACCUGUGGAGGAGCCACGAUCCAGGGAUGGCCCAUCUACGACCUGUACAAGAGAAACAAUGCUCAGAUCGUAUAUGGGGCCUUCCCAGGUGCUACUCCUACUCCUGCACCCACCCAGCCCAUCCAAACUGGCAUGCCCAUUCCCAACCCCAGCCCAAACCCUAAGCCAGGUGAUGUCUGGCACGAAUGCCCACCCAAUGUUGCCAACUGCCCUUAUCGCAACAAGUGCCCCGAUGGCAGAUGUCAACUCAAGCCUAUCGUUCAGCCGUGCCGCGGAUGUUCUUACAACGGUACUGGUAACUGGACUGCUCCGACUUGUCCUCCUGGAGGCUGCAAUCAAGGUCCCAAGCCUGUUCCAGUUCCAGUACCCGGUGGAAAUGGAGGAAGUGGAAGCACCGGAGGUAGCGGCGGCAACGGAGGGAGCGGAGGUACCGGAGGGAACGGAGGCACUGCUGGAAACGGAAGCAAUGGUGGUAACGGCGGCAGCGGGGGCUCUGGAAGCAGUGGUGGAAACGGUGGUGACGGAGGUGACGGUGGGGAUGGAGGUAACGGCGGUGGAUCGAGCGGAUCCAGUGGCGGCGACGGGCAUCACGGAGACCAACCUCCUGUCAUCGUCAACUCGGCCGUCAAGGCUCAGGGCGAAAGCUUUAUCCUGGCUCUCGUUGUGAUUUCCUUUGCCUUCACUCUUUUAUAGGCUUGGAGAUGGAUGUAGUUAACAUUCUAGGGGAGUUAGAGUUGGCUUUCUGUUCUUGUAAUACACUUCGUAUAGAAAAGGGGUAAUAGGGGUUAGAUACAGAUUUGGCUUAGUAUAAGAUCACAUCAGCAAGACAUCGAGAGCAAUAUGUCGAUUUGGGGGCCAUCGGAAAUCUCUUUUUUCAUUUUACUUCUAUUUUGGUGUCAUGGUACAAUAUGCGUUCUGUG